AUAGAAGCUAAGCAGACUGAAAGCAGUGUUACGGACCAGAUCUACCUGAAAAGAGCAUGGCUUCUACAAUUAGCCUCCUUCCUGAGAAGCACUUCUUGUGCUCUCUGUGUAGAGACAUCUUCACCAGCCCUGUGACCAUACCCUGUGGACACAGCUUCUGUCUGUCCUGUCUCAGCCACUUCUGGACACGACACCAGUCCAAAUACUGCCCCUACUGCAGGAGACUGUUUGCUGACAAGCCUGACCUCAGUGUAAACCGCAUUCUGGCAGACGUCUCUGACAACUACAGGAAGAAUCGACCACAGAAACCCCCGGAUGAGGAACCGGUUAUCAAUGUUGAGGAAAUGAUUCAGGAAAGGCUGCAGAAGAUAGAAAGGUUGAAAUAUUCUCUGGAGCUCCAAAAGAACUCCUACCUCAGAGAGGUGCGAGAGAGCCAGAAGGUCUUCUCCGCCCUCGUGCAUGCGAUGGAGAAGAGUCACAAAGGAGUGGUCGAUGCAAUUGAGGGGAGGCAGAGAGAGGAGGAGAAGAGAGUGGAAACGCUGGUGAAAGAGAUCGAACAGGAGAUCCAGGAGCUGAAGAAGGAGACGACUGAAUCUGAUCCCCAGAUUCCUCUCAGUGGGGAUCAAAGUGAUGAUACGAAGCAAGAUACUGUGAACAUUGUUCCCCCCACCUGCCCCUCUGAGAUGAAGGACUGGUCCAAGGUUACCAUAGAAACUGACCCUUGUCUUGGGGUCACCAGGCGAGCUCUGUCAGACAUCAUGGAAAAGAUAAAGGUAGAAGUCAACAGGCUCUCCAAAUCUGAACUAAAGAGAAUCGAGAAAUACACAGUGGAUGUCAAUCUGAGUGCAAAGACAGCCCACCCCUGCCUCUCUGUCUCAGAUGACAGAAAACAGGUGAGACACACAGACAAGGUUCAGGAGGUGCCGGAUAACCCCAAGAGGUUUGACCGUGUGGCGAACGUGCUGGGCAAAGAAAGCCUCAGCGGAGGGAGGUGCUACUGGGAGGUGGAGGUCGGGGACAAGAUCGAGUGGAAUCUGGGUGUUGUCAGGCAGUCCAUGAACAGGAAGGGCAAGUUCACAGUCUGCCCAGCGAACGGUUUCUGGACUUUAAGCCUGAAGGCUGGAGGCCAGUAUGUUGCCCACAGCUCUCCUGUCACGCCGCUGGCUCCGGAGCAGAGACCCAAGAAGGUGGGCGUGUUCCUGGACUACACCGAAGGCCGCGUGUCCUUUUACUGCGCAGAAUCUGGAGUCCACAUUUAUACCUUCACAGACACAUUUACAGACAGACUGCAUCCCUUCUUCAGUCCCGGUCGCCUUCAUGGAGGCAAAAACGCUACUCCUCUAAUCAUCUCCUCGAGUUUCUGCAGCAUCUAA